GGAGGUUUAUACCAUGGAAACCACGACCGCCCGCAACAACCCCUCCCGUUAUCCACCAAUCAGGUGCUCCCUUCUUCCCCCGAACCGUCGCCCAACAAGCCUCACCCACCACUCCCCUCUCACACCCAUCAUCUCUCUCCCCCCAAUCAAUACCGGCUAUCCGGCGACCCAACGAGCCUCGCGAAGCCAGCAGCAGACGCUCUCCGUCUUCUCUUUCUUCCCUAAUCCCUCCGGUCGAGAUAAACCAUGAACGAUCUGGUCGACGAAGAAUUAGGAGGUCGUCUUCUCUACAGCACCGCCAGCAGCAGUAGCAGCAUUGAGUAAUCGGCAGCGGCAGGUCCAACCGGACGAGCCUAUCCGUAAAACGCUCUCAAAACCCCGUACAAUUUAGAGGAGGAGGAGAUUAAGAAUGGCUUCUGGGAGCAGCAGAGGAGGAGGUGGAGAUGGAGGGCAUCAUCACCAUCACCAUCGCCAUAGUAGUAGCAGUAAGCAACCGUUGCAGGUGAGUAGUGGUAAUAAUGCGGUGUCGCAGACGUCGGGCGGGGAGAGGGAGAGGGUGAGGGGUGGAGGAGCGGGGACGACAGGGGGGAGCAGCCGUGGGGGAGGAGGGGCGUCGGAGUCGGCGGUGAGCAAGGCGAUCGCGCAGUACACGGAGGACGCGCGGCUGCACACGGUGUUCGAGCAGUCCGGGGAGUCGGGUAAGUUGUUCGAUUACUCUCAGUCGGUGCUUCGGGUGGCGCCCUCCAGCUCCGUCCCCGAGCAGCAGAUCACCGCUUACCUGUCCAAGAUCCAGCGCGGCGGCCACAUCCAGCCCUUCGGCUGCACCGUGGCCGUGGAGGAGCCCUCCUUCUGCAUCAUCGCAUACAGCGAGAACGCCCCUGAUCAGCUCGACCUCUCGCCCCAGUCGGUGCCCUCCCUGGGUGGCCCCCAACCCCCAGCCCUCGCCCUCGGCGCCGAUGUUCGCUCCCUCUUCACCCCCUCCUCUGCCGCCCUCCUCGAGCGCGCCGCCGCCGCCCGCGAGAUCGCCCUGCUCAACCCCCUUUGGAUCCACUCCCGCACCUCUCGUAAGCCCUUCUACGCCAUCCUCCACCGCGUCGACGUUGGCAUCGUGCUCGACCUCGAGCCUGCCCGCUCCGAGGACCCCGCCCUCUCCAUAGCUGGCGCUGUGCAAUCCCAGAAGCUCGCCGUCCGCGCCAUCUCCCGACUCCAGGCCCUACCGAGUGGUGACAUCCACCUCCUCUGUGACACCGUCGUCGAGCAUGUCCGCGAGCUCACUGGCUACGACCGUGUCAUGGUGUACAAGUUCCAUGACGACGAACACGGGGAAGUGGUGGCCGAGUGCAAGCGCGACAACCUCGAACCCUACAUCGGCCUCCACUAUCCGGCAACAGACAUCCCCCAGGCGUCCCGCUUCCUGUUCAAGCAGAACCGGGUUCGCAUGAUCGCCGACUGCCACGCCACCCCCGUCCGCGUCAUCCAGGAUGAGCGGCUCAUGCAGUCCCUCUGCCUCGUUGGCUCCACCCUCCGUGCCCCCCACGGCUGCCACGCCCAGUACAUGGCCAACAUGGGUUCCAUCGCCUCCCUCGCCAUGGCCGUCAUCAUCAAUGGCGGGGACGAAGAAGGUGGCGGCACCUCCUCCCGCGCUGGGCCCACGAAGCUCUGGGGGCUCGUCGUCUGCCAUCACACCUCCCCCCGCUGCAUCCCCUUUCCCCUCCGCUACGCCUGCGAGUUCCUCAUGCAGGCCUUUGGCCUCCAGCUCAACAUGGAGCUCCAGUUAGCCGCCCAGCUCUCUGAGAAGCAUAUCCUCCGGACACAGACCCUCCUCUGUGACAUGCUUCUUCGUGACACGCCCACUGGCAUUGUCACCCAGAGUCCCAGCAUCAUGGACCUCGUCAAGUGCGAUGGGGCGGCUCUCUACUACCAGGGCAAGUACUGGCCGCUAGGCGUCACACCCACCGAGGCACAGGUCAAGGACAUUGUCGAGUGGCUGGCUUCCUGCCAUGGGGACUCCACCGGCCUGAGCACCGACAGCCUGGCGGAUGCUGGUUAUCCUGGAGCUUCUGCACUCGGCGAUGCGGUCUGCGGCAUGGCCGUUGCCUAUAUCACUCAAAUAGAUUUCUUGUUCUGGUUUAGGUCUCACACUGCGAAGGAGAUCAAAUGGGGAGGAGCAAAGCAUCAUCCGGAGGACAAGGACGAUGUGCAACGGAUGCACCCUCGCUCAUCCUUCAAGGCAUUCUUGGAGGUGGUCAAGAGCAGGAGCUUGCCUUGGGAGAAUGCAGAGAUGGACGCGAUCCACUCGUUGCAGCUAAUAUUGCGGGGUACUUUCAGAGAUGCCGUGGAUGGGACUAGCAACUCAAAGGUCAUUGUCAAUGGCCAGUUUGGAGACCUAGAAAUGCAUGGAAUAGAUGAGCUCAGCUCGGUUGCAAGGGAGAUGGUUAGGUUAAUAGAGACAGCGACUGCGCCAAUUUUUGCUGUUGAUUCAGAUGGGCGUAUAAAUGGUUGGAACGCAAAGGUUGCUGAAUUGACAGGCCUACCUGUUGAGGAAGCGAUGGGUAAAUCACUGGUUCAGGACCUUGUCUUUGAGGAGUUUGCAGAUGUUGUUGACAAGCUUCUAUGUCGAGCCCUAAGAGGUGAAGAAGAUAAGAAUGUUGAGAUAAAGUUGAAGACGUUUGGCUCACAGAAAUCAGAAGAUGCAAUUUUCGUGGUUGUGAAUGCAUGUUCUAGCAGGGAUUUCACAAAUUCUAUUGUAGGUGUCUGUUUUGUUGGUCAGGAUGUUACUGAGCAGAAAGUGGCCAUGGACAAAUUCAUUCACAUACAAGGCGAUUACAAGGCUAUUGUGCAUAGUCCCAACCCUUUGAUUCCUCCCAUUUUUGCUUCGGAUGAAAACACUUGUUGCUCUGAGUGGAAUACAGCAAUGGAAAAGCUCACUGGUUAUUCAAGAGGGGAAAUGAUUGGCAAGCUUCUGGUUGGAGAGGUUUUUGGCAGUUGUUGUCGUCUCAAGGGGCCAGAUGCUUUGACGAAGUUCAUGAUUGUUCUUCAUAAUGCAAUUGGGGAGCAGGAGACAGACAAGUACCCAUUUUCAUUCUUUGACAAGAAUGGAAAAUUUGUACAGGCUUUAUUGACAGCGAAUACAAGAAGUAAUAUGGAUGGUCAGAUAAUUGGAGCAUUUUGCUUUUUACAGAUAGCGAGUCCUGAGCUGCAGCAAGCUCUUGAAGUUCAGAGGCAGCAGGAAAAGAAAUGUUUCUCUAGGAUGAAAGAGUUAGCUUACAUUUGCCAAGAGAUAAAAAAUCCGCUAAGUGGUAUUCGGUUCACAAACUCACUGUUGGAGAUGACAGAAUUAAAUGAUGAUCAAAGGCAGUUUCUUGAAACAAGUGCUUCUUGUGAGAGGCAGAUGAUGAAAAUUAUAACGGAUGGGAAUUUGCAAAGUAUCGAGGACGGCUCCUUAGCACUUGAGAAAAGUGAGUUUCUACUUGGAAGCAUCGUGAAUGCUGUUGUUAGUCAAGUUAUGAUUUUACUGAGACAAAGAGGUUUACAAUUGAUUCGGGAUAUUCCUGAGGAAAUUAAAGUGAUAUCUGUUUAUGGUGAUCAACUAAGAAUUCAGCAAGUCUUGGCUGACUUUUUACUUAACAUGAUCCACCAUGCACCGUCUCCAGAAGGUUGGGUAGAAAUUCAAGUUAGGCCAAGUUUGAAGCACAAUUCCGAUGGAACGGAAAUGGUGCUCCUGCACUUCAGAAUAGUCUGCCCUGGUGAUGGCCUUCCUCCAGAACUGGUCCAAGACAUGUUUCAUAACUCUUGGUGGGUAACAGAAGAAGGCCUUGGACUGAGCACCUGCAGGAAGCUAUUAAAACUGAUGAAUGGGGAAGUCCAAUAUGUGAGGGAGUCAGUGAAGUGUUACUUCCUCGUAUCCAUAGAACUCCCUACAAGCAGCAGAGCUCAAAGUAGAGGAAGCUGAGAUGAAUGCUUUAGGUAGUUGAGCCACUGAAAACCGAGGUUGUAUUAGAAGUGAUCCACUCAAGUCUAGCGUUCAAUGAGAUCAAGCCACUCAUAUUGCAGCCAGCCAUGUUGCAUGAAUAAUUGCUCUGAAAGAUCACUCUCCUGGUCAAGUAUGAGGUUUUUUCUUUUCUCUUUAGUGCUAAUGUUUUAGAUAGCAGGGUGGCAUGGCUGUAUUUAUGUACGCAAUUAAGUAUCAUCAUGGCUUUGGUGCUGAAGUGGAAUAUCAUAUAUGCUUGUAAUAUUCUACAUGAAUGAAGUUAUUAAAAGCUUCUCUGAACCAGAAAGCUUCUUCUCACGUUUUAA